GACAGACAGAGGAGGGAAAGAGAGGGAACCGGGAACAGUGUCGCUCUGCAUCUGUACAUUUCAUAUCUCCACUCACUCUGGAAGGAUGACUCUUGUACCUACAAGCAUCCCAGAUCUCAGCACCACAGUUUUAUAUGGAUAUCAAAACCAAACCAAUGGCACACAAUGUCCUGAACACGAUGGCUGGGAGUGGCUCACCACCAGUCAGCCAGUGUAUAUCCUGAUCCUCACGGUGCUGGGAGUUGUGUUGAACAUAUUUGUUCUGAUGGUUUUCUGUCUCCACAAGAAGCCCUGCACUGUUGCUGAGAUCUACCUGAGCAACUUGGCUGCUGCUGACCUUGUCCUGUUGUCCUGUCUGCCCUUUUGGGCCGUCAAUGUAGCCAAUAAUUUCAAUUGGCCAUUUGGUCUGUUCCUGUGCAAAUUUGUCAACCUGGGCAUUAAGAUGAAUGUCUACUCUAGCAUUUACUUCCUUGUUCUGGUGAGCAUAGAUCGCUAUUUGGCACUGGUACAUCCGUUGUCCCAUGGUAGAAUGCGCAGGCCCAAGUAUGCCAAGCUGGGCUGUCUGCUGAUGUGGGGUUUCGGAUUGUUCAUGAGUGUCCCCACAAUCAUCUUCAGGAAGUUGAAAUAUUUCCCUGAGUAUGAUGUGAAUGCCUGCUUUCUGGAAUACCCAAACCACACCUUGGAAAUGCUCUGUGACAGGAUGUUGAUCAUUUUUAGCUUCGUCAUUCCAAUUUCAAUCAUCUCAUUCUGCACAUUCAAAAUUAUUCAGACUUUGAAAGUCCAGCGUGUCCAAAGGAACAGCGCUGAGAAAACAGAGCAGAAGGCUACCACUUUGAUACUGGCAGUCCUCCUGGCCUUCCUCAUCUGCUGGUUACCGUUCCACCUGGUCACCGUACUGGACUUGCUCCUUAGGGCGGAAGUCCUGGGAGGGUGUCACUUUUCGAAUGUCCUGGACAUUUUGAACCAGAUCUCAACCUAUCUAGCCUUUUUCAAUAGUGUCCUCAACCCCAUCCUGUAUGUCAUCGUAGGAAAGAACUUCCGGAAAAAAGUUGGGGAACUCUUCAAGCAGUGGAGCAUUAAGAGGAGAGCAACCAUGGAGUCCACAAGCUCCCAGCUGUCUACUCUAAAGACUGUGAAAUAAAGUACUGUUGUUGAACUGUUCCAAGUCCAAAUUGCAGAGACUGUGGAGAAUGAUAAUCAAAUGCAGAUCAAAAUGAUUCAUAUAAUGACCUAAAUUCUUUACUGGAAAUUAUUGUGUAAUAAUGUGACUAAACCAUCUUUCAACAAGUCAUUCUGUGAGGAGAUGUCAUUCAGGAAAUGUGAUCAUUUGUCUCGGGUCAUAUGGGGCAGAACUGUUACCCUGGGUGUUACAGGGAACUAACAAAGGUGUCUCAAGCAUGUGAGUAAUAAGCAUGAGCUGAAAAAAGUUAACCCAACACAAUUAUACUUUCACGUUGGAAAACAAUAUCAGUAUGUUGAAUGUACAGUUAGUGUGAUUUAAAUGUACCUGUAAAAUAAUGUAUAUAAAUGUUCAGGCGCUAUCGUGUAUUUCUGAUGACUCUCGUGAAUAUAAAAUGUUUUAUCUCUGAA